AAGUUCGAUCUGACAAUAUAAUCAGAAGGGAAACCGAACGACUCGAGAUUUUUUCCCCAUGAUAUGAUGGCGGAUCGAGUGGAUCGUGUAACUGGAGGAUUUGAAGCCGAAUUUCUUCAACCUCUACCAGAAGAAUAUGAAUGUCCUAUUUGUCAGCUAGCGUUUCGAGAUCCUAUUCAAAUCGAAGAUUGUGGCCAUAGGUUUUGCCAGUCAUGUCUUCAAGAGCUGAAAAGACGGCAAGGAAGCCCAGUUUUAUGCCCCAUGGAUAGAAAACCGAUCUCCUCCACAAAGGUGUUUUUGGAUAAAGCAGCACGCAGAGCCAUUCUUAGUCUUGGCGUCAAAUGUAUCAAUUGGAAAAGAAAGUGUGAUUGGACUGGGGAAUUGAGCUACAUCGAGGAUCACACCAAGAACUGCGCUUACGAAGACGUCCACUGUACGAACCCAGAAUGCAACGAGGUCAUGACGAGAAAGAACUUACAAUAUCACCUCGUUAGCAAGUGCAAGUGGAGAGUUGUGUCAUGUCAUUUCUGCUCUGAGAUGUACACUUAUAAAGAUGGAAAGAUUCACAUGAAAACCUGCAAAAGGCUUCCAAUGGAAUGUGUUAAUAAAUGUGGAGCAAAAGAUAUCCCAAGAGAAGAGAUGACGUUUCACAUGGGUGAGUGCCCUUUAGCAGUGCAUCCUUGUUUGUACAGAGACAUCGGGUGUCCAUUCAAGGGCAAGCGUGACGGACUUGAAGAACAUUAUCGCUGUGCAGUCCAUUCUCACCUGAACAUGGCCUGCCACAAAAUACGUGAAAAUGAAAGCCGAAGUAUGUGUACGAACGGGACGUUUAUAUGGAAAAUUACUAACUACAAACAACAGUUCGUACAAGCUGUGUCAUCUCCAGAGGAGUUAGCCAUAUUCAGUCCUCCGUUUUAUACUUCGCAAUACGGCUACAAGCUAAGACUAAAAGCAUAUUUAAACGGCCGCGAUCGAGGGAAAGGUUCUCAUUUGUCUCUCUACAUCAUCAUCAUGAAAGGAGAAUACGAUGCCCUGUUGGAAUGGCCUUUUAAACAAAAAAUAACGUUUUAUCUUACUGAUCAGAGCGAACAGAAGAAUCAUCGGGUACAUCAGCUGAGUCCAAAUCGAUCUUUACCGAACAUUAAAGUUGUCUUCAACCGACCUUCUGUCAAGGAAAAUCUUGGCAUUGGAAACCCGUGCUUCGUGCCUCAUGAAGCUCUAGACUCGGGGGAAUACGUUAAGGACGAUGCUAUGUUUAUUAAAGCAGUCGUAGAGCCGCCCAAAAGUUCCUUCUAACAGUAUAACAAACGCAUUGUCAAAUAUAUAUUUUUAUAGUUCAAUUUUUAAACUAAUUUCUCUCUAUGCCGGAUUUUAAAAGGCCUAAGAUUAUAAAAUAUCUGGCUAUAUAUUGAGCACUUGAGCACAACCUUGUUUGCGAAUUCCGAGUUUUUGAGACACCAGGGGUACAUCUCUAUCACUGAACCACCUACCCCACCCCUCGUGUCUUCUCCACUGCCGGGGCGAAUUUCAAGUCACAAAUGUUUUGCUACAUCGAGCCAGGACGACCGGCUUUAGUGGACUAUUUUGUCACUCUGGUCUCUUCAGGAGAGAAUUGUAUUAUGGACUUUUUAUACAUUAAUGAUACUCAUUGCAUAUAGUACUGCUUAUAUACAAAGAAUGCUUGUAUCCUCGACUUAAAAGACGUCCAGAAGUAAGACAGUAUGAACGUUUCUUUAGGCUUAGACUGCAUAGCCUGCAUUCAUGUCUCUUACCUGACGAUGUACAAAAGGGCUGGGAUGGGGCCUGGUAAAGUGCGCCUUCUUUUCAUCCUGAUUCCAGCCUCCCCAAAUGCAAUACCGUGAAACUACACAGAUAAAUUGGUUUGUAUUUCUUUAGUAGCAGAGGCAAUCUGGUAUCAUAGCCAAUCAGGAUACAGUGGAAUUAUAAUAGUCCACCAGCUUGUUUAUAGCAUAGACUGUAUCCAACUGUGUAUAUAAUAAUUAAUCUGUGUUCUUUGAAACUUAAUAAAAUUGUUUAGGUUUUUAAAUA